GAGAAUGCUAGGGUUUGCAUUAUGGUUGUAGGGCUCAUGGAGGACGACGGGGAGGAGAUCGACUACCCGGAGAUUACUCGCGGCGGCGGCGGCGGCGGCGGCAGCGAUCAAUCGCUCCCGACGUGCGUGGUUUGCAUCGAGAGCCUGGGGCGCCAUGGCGGCCCAGCCUCGCUACCCUGCGGCCACAAUGGAUGCCUCCGGUGUCUCCAAAAGGUCCAGAGACACUCGCAAUCGCCGCUUUGCCCUCUCUGCCGGACGCCAUUCGAUGCCGAGAUGAAUUUGGGGCCGAAUUUGGAGCUCAAGGAAGCAAUUCGCCAGGCACACGCAAGGAAGAUGGAUAGAAGCUCAAGUACGCCACCGAAGGAGGGGGUCUAUCCGAAAAUCCACCAGCAGCACCAGCAGCCAGCACCAGAGAUCACUAUAAGGAAUCUCUUCGCUGGGUUGUAUGCGAUUGUCACGGGGGCAGCGAGCAAGAAGAGCAGUGAUAGCAGUGAUCGUCGCAGGGUAGUGGCAGAGGCAGGAGAUGGUCCUCCGGAGGAUUUAUGGGGGAGUGUCUUGCUACCCAGCGCUCCUCCUCUUUUCUCCUCCAGCGCUGUUGACGAUGUUAGAGCGACCAAAACUCUGCUCGAGGCCGAGCCUCCACAGUGGCUUCCAGACAGCUCCGCAACGUCGUGUAUGCAGUGUGAUGCAAGCUUUCGGCCAGUGACUUGUGGAAGGCACCACUGCCGGUUUUGUGGAGGGAUUUUCUGCCGCUACUGCUCCAGGGGCCGCUGCUUGCUGCCGAUGAAGUUCCGAGAGCGAGAGCCUCAGCGGGUCUGCGAUGCUUGUUACGAGAGACUGGAGCCAGUCCAGAGACUUCUGGUGGAGCGAGUGAGCAAUGCCUCUCAGGUGGCGACGCACGACGUGACGGAUUUUAGCUGCAUGAGAAGCUGGCUCAACAGCCCCUUGGGCCUCUCGAUGGAGCAGGAGAUCUACAAAGCUACAAACGCUUUGCGAAGCUAUGCAAAGAUUGGAGGCUUGAAACCUGAGAAGGCGAUACCCGAAAAGGUGCUGAGAGGCGCCAAGGGAGUGGCAGUGUUAACCAUCGCGAAAGCUGGCGUUGUUGUCACGUAUAAGCUUGGAACGGGACUCGUGAUCGCGAGGCGUGAGGAUGGGACAUGGUCGGCUCCUUCUGCGAUUGCUUGUGCCGGGCUUGGAUGGGGAGCUCAAAUGGGAGGAGAGCUAACGGACUUCAUACUCGUUCUUCGCAGCCCCGAGGCUGUGAGGGCCUUCAGCGGACGAAUCCAUUUCGCUCUGGGAGCUGAGCUGAGCGCCGUCGCCGGUCCCGUGGGACGACUCGCGGAAGCUGAUGUUCGAGCUGGCGACGGUGGCACUGCUGCUUGCUACUCCUACAGCUUAAGCAAAGGGGCGUUUGUGGGGGUCUCGGUCGAAGGGAGCGUUGUGACGCGAAGAUCCGACACGAACGCUCGUUUCUAUGGCGAUUCUUACGUGACAGCCGCAGACAUUCUCUCGGGAGCUUAUCCAGCGCCAAGAGCAGCGUACCCAUUAUACGAAGCUCUUCACGAUCUCUUCUAUUGAAAAGCUGUGCAUAGGUAGUGUGUAAAUGGUGUUCUUUGUAGAUA